AUGGACGGCAAUCCUCUGCCUGAAGGCUCUCUUGCGACCAACGGAAACAGCUCUACUAUACCUGUCGCUACGGGCUCUGACGCAGCUAUGAACGGUGCUAUGAACGGCCUCAGCACCUACGCUGAGCUUCAUGACCCAACCUUCAAUGGAAUGGCCCUCCCGAUCGAUGGGAUGCAAAUGUUCCCUAUGCAAAUACAGCAUCCAAUCUCUGCUGAUGAGAUCGCCCUCUAUGACAGACAGAUUCGACUUUGGGGAAUGGCCGUGCAAGAGAAGCUGCGCCGGUCAAAUAUUCUUCUGAUUGGAAUCAAGGGCCUGGGAAGCGAAAUUGCAAAGAAUCUCAUCUUAGCAGGAGUAGGAGUGUUGACAAUUCUGGAUCACGAGCUUGUCACGGCAGAGGAUCUUGGAACACAAUUCUUCGUCCGCGAAACGCAGAUUGGUCAGAACCGGGCUGAAGCAGCUCUUCCCGAACUGCAAAAGCUGAAUCCAAGAGUGGAAAUAUACACAGAUCCGCAUGCAGCCGUGACCAAGGACCCAGAAUAUUUCCAGAACUUCGACAUCACGAUUGCUACUGGGCUGAUCAUGGAUGUCCUGGGCAGCAUCAACAUGGCCUGCCGGAUGUUCGGUCGCAAAUUCUACGCCGCGGACACGCAUGGGAUGUACGGCUACGUCUUUGCAGACCUCAUGUUGCACGACUUCGUCAUCGAGAGGGAGGAAAGAAACAAGCCCACUAAGGUUGGCGACAUUGAGAGCCCGACAAAGUGUGUUAUCGCGGUCGAGUCAAAAAAGGACGGCGAAAAGUCGCAGGAGAUCAUUUCUUACCAGGAGACAUACUCUCCCAUUCAGCUUGCCAAUCUCUCUCCGCUUCAUGAGAGAGUGAGAAAGACUCGGCGCAGUCGAAUGAAGGUCACUCCGCUACUUUCGUGCCUACGAGCCUUGUUUGACUUUCAGACUCAGCAGGGUGGUCGCUUGCCAUCUUAUAACAGGGCGGAUCUCGAACUGUUCACCAGACUGGCCAACCAGAAGCAUCUAGAGCUUUCACUCCCUCUUGAAACUCUAAAAUCGGACUUCCUCCGCGGCUUUCUGCAGAAUCUUGGAUCCGAGAUCAGUCCGGUGGUUGCUUAUCUUGGAGGUUAUUUGGCACAAGAUGUCAUCAACGUUCUGGGACAAAAAGAACAACCGCUCCAGAAUUGGCUUCUUUUUGACGGAGAAGAGUUCAUGGCGACGGUAUUCUCGAUACACCCAAUCAAUGAAGAUGCGAUGGAAAUGAUGAGCGCGAAUGAAGCGUCGAUGAUACCGAACACUGUGCCCCUGGACGGUGUUCUUGUGGCUUGA